GCUCUCCUCUCCCUCUCAAGAUGGCGGCGGUCGGCGGCGCUGAGGCGGGAGCCGGGCCCGCGGAGUGAAGGCCUGGUCCUGUAGCCGGGAAGGAGUCUGGAAACGGCGCCACAUUCUCAGGUCCUGCAGGACGGCCAUGGCUUAUGAUGACUCCAGGAAGAAAGAAGAUUGCUUUGAUGGUGACCAGAGUUUGGAGGACAUAGGACUGGUGACUGGCCGGAGCCAACGAGAGAAGAAGCGUUCUUACAAGGAUCUUUUAAGAGAAGAGGAAGAGAUUGCUGCUCAGGUCAGGAAGUCCUCCAAGAAGAGGUUGAAGGAGAGAGCUCUCUUCUCCCUGGGCACGGACGCGCACAAGAGGAGGAGGAAGCAUUCCUCCGGCGAGUCCUGCUAUGGAGGACAGUGGUUCUUGUUCUGAUUGCCGAUAAACCAGUGUGAAGGAGGAGAGAGGUGGAGGGCUGGGAUUGUGGAGGAUUCAGCAUAGAAGAACAAUCUUCAUUUGUGAUACACCAGAUCUUUCGCCUUUGGAGUCGUCACAGAAGAAAAAGAAGAAGGUGGUGCCAAGUCCCCCGCCCUCCGAUACAGCCAUGGACCUGCUGAAGGCCAUCACAUCCCCCCUUGCAACAGGCUCCAAGCCCCCCAGAAAGACUGGGGAGAAAUCCUCAUUUUCUUCCUUUAGCUCCUCGAGCUACUCAGAAAGCAAAAAAGAGCAGCACCCCAGGAAGAAGGGGAGCAGCGGCAGUAGCGGGGAGCUCUCCCUUGAGGACGGUGGCUUCCACAAGGCCAAAAAAAUGAAACCGCUUUAUGUUAAUACAGAGACCUUGACCCUGCGAGAACCAGAUGGCUUAAAAAUGAAACUUAUUCUCUCUCCCAAGGAGAAGGAAAGCAGGACAGGUGACGAGGAGCCUUUCCAAAAUGCUCCUCCACAAGGGACAACAAAAAAGUCCUCCAAGAAAUCAGCUCGAGAUGAGCAGGGCACUUUCCUCCUCGGGCACGAGCUGCAGAGUUUCCUAAAAACAGCCAGGAAGAAGCACAAGCCAACCCCGGAGCAGCACCCCUCUCCUGGCCCUGAAGGCUUCGGGUCCGAUGUGUCCAUCUUUUCAGAACCCCAUGGCACCGACUACGAGCUCUCCAGCCUCGAGCCCGCCCUGGAGUCAGGCUCAUCCUCAGGAGCCGAGCUGGAAGCUGGUGAACUGGUGAUCGACGACUCUUACCGGGAGAUCAAGAAGAAGAAGAAGUCCAAGAAGAGCAAGAAGAAAAAGGACAAAGAGAGACACAAGGAGAAGCGGCACUCCAAGUCCAAGAAGAGCCCUGGACUCUCCUCUUCGGCCUCAGCUGGGGGAGACGCCCCUGGCACAAGUCCCGGCCCCCCGCCCCCAACCAGCACACCUUUCCCCGGAGCCACGCCUCCGCCACCACCACCACCAGUCUUCCACCCUGAUGGACAGAGCGAGAAGAAGAAGAAGAAAGAAGAGAAGGAGAAAGAGAAGGCAGACAAAGCAGAAAAGCCAAAGAAGAAGAACAUGUCUGCCUACCAGGUGUUCUGUAAGGAGUACCGGGUCACCAUCGUGGCAGAGCAUCCAGGAAUAGAUUUUGGGGAACUGAGCAAGAAAUUGGCUGAAGUAUGGAAACAGCUGCCAGAAAAAGACAAACUGGUCUGGAAGCAGAAGGCCCAGUACCUCCAGCACAAACAGAAUAAGGCUGAGGCCACCACGGUGAAGAGGAAAGCAGCCGCUGGCUCUGAGGGGGCCAUGAGAGUCAAAGCUUCUCCUGCUGGAGUGAUAUCGCCUCAUAAAAAGUCCCCUUCUAGCACAGCAGUGCUGUCUUCCUCCCCAGCCAAAGCUCCUGAGACAGAUCCCAUCGACGUAGCUGCACACCUCCAGCUCUUAGGAGAAUCGCUGAGCCUCAUCGGUCACCGCCUGCAAGAAACAGAGGGGAUGGUGGCCGUUUCCGGAAGUCUCUCAGUUCUUCUCGAUUCUAUCAUUUGUGCUCUCGGCCCUCUGGCCUGCCUGACCACGCAGCUGCCAGAGCUGAAUGGCUGCCCGAAGCAGGUCCUGUCCAACACUCUGGACAACAUCGCCUACAUCAUGCCUGGACUCUGACAACUAAGGAUUCUGGGACACACCCCCGUCCUGCCCCUUUGCUGGCUCACGUGGACAUGGACUCUUCUAACGCCCUUUGCUGGCUUCUGGGUGUAGGUUUUAAUGUUUUUAACACAUGUACCAUAUAUACAUAGGAUUGUAACUACCUACUUUUAACAAUUUUAUGGAACGUGAAGGCUCAGCCAAGGGGAGCCUUGGCUUAAAUGUGGGUUUGGGUUUUUAAUUUUGUUUUGCUUUUCUUUUCUCCGGUGGUGGAUCAAUCUGCCUUAAAUCACAGAAACUUGGGGGCCUGGGGGGGGUGUUCUAGGCACCGAAGGCACCUCUUUUAUGGACAGAUAAAAUCUGGUGGUUUUGUUCCAAGCCGAGCGUUGUCCCCCAGACCUAUCAUUGACCGUUUGCCUUAUCUAUCUUGCAGUCUGAAGUGUACCAGGAAAGAAGGGGAUGGGGAGAAGGGAGAGAAAACAGAAAUCCUUUCAACUCAAGGUGACCAUCUCCACUUCACCCCCAGGUGGGAGUUGACUAAGUCAGCUCCAUCUGGAGGGAAAGAACAGGCUUAGGCAAGGGAUAACUAGCUCUUGGGCCCGUCGUUAGUCUGGAUGGAGCCGAGGACAUAGGAGAACCCCAGCCCCUGUGCACUGGGUGGGUCAGCCCUGCCAGCACGCCAUCCCUUGGGGACUGGUGCCAGAGCUCUUCCUUGAACCGCACUUACUGGGAUCCUGUGGCAGAGGGCUGGCGGCUCCAGGGCUGGAAUCUGGACUCAUUGUGCCACCGAGGCCUCCUGAGGCUCAUUGCUUCAGGUGCUCCAUGGCAGGAGAAGACAUCCAUGUGCUCAGUAUGGCUCUCCCAGUGUGGGAGUGCUGAGAAUUCAGCCCUCUGCUCGCACAGGAGCUGCAGGAACGCACUUGAGUCUUAGGUAGUUUUGUAUAUGUGUGUAUGUCUGUAUGCGUGUGCGUUUUAAUCAUGUAUAUUUAACUCUUUAAAAUCUGUUAGUUUUUAAUUUAUCCUGUAAAUUUCUGUGUAUAUAUAAUUUAAUAACAAAAAACCUCCACCAGCAGCAGCAUGUGGAAGAUUCAGAUUUGUUAAAGUUGUUCCUCUUCCCAUCCCUUCCCCCAUCCUCCCUCCAGGCUGUCCUGGAAACCCUAACACACAUGUAGCUUGAGGCAUUUCUUGA